AUGAUGAAUGUAAUGCGUGCAAUUUUAAUUCGAGAAUUUGGUGAUGCUAGUGUAUGUAAAUUGGUAAAAGAUGUACCAAUACCUGAUAUACAAUCUCGAGAAGUAUUAAUUCGUGUACAUGCUGCUGGUAUUAAUCCAGUAGAUACAUAUAUUCGAUCGGGUACAUAUAGUCGUCGACCUAAUUUACCAUAUAUUCCAGGACUUGAUUCAGCUGGUGUUAUCGAACGAGUUGGUUCUGAUGUUACUAAAUUUAAGGCUGGUGAUCGAGUUUUUACAGUAAAUACAAUAACAGGAACUUAUGCUGAAUAUUGUGUUGCUCGUGCUGAUUUUGUCUUUCCUUUACCAUCGAAUAUUUCAUUUGAACAAGGUUCAGCUCUUGGUGUACCUUAUUUUACUGCUUAUCGAGCACUUAUUAUUAAGUAA